GAGCGGCUGCUGAGGAAGAGCUGCACGCUGUACGUGGGGAACCUCUCCUUCUACACCACAGAGGAACAGAUCCACGAGCUUUUUGGCAAGAGCGGCGACAUCAAGAAGGUCAUCAUGGGGCUGGACAAGGUGAAGAAAACCGCCUGCGGCUUCUGCUUCGUGGAGUAUUAUGCAAGAGGAGAUGCUGAAAAUGCGAUGCGCUACAUCAAUGGAACCAGACUUGAUGACAGGAUCAUAAGGACAGACUGGGAUGCAGGAUUUAAGGAGGGUAGACAGUAUGGCCGUGGGAGAUCAGGGGGCCAGGUCCGGGAUGAAUAUCGGCAAGACUACGAUGCUGGAAGAGGUGGCUAUGGCAAAACCGUUCAAUGCCAGUGAACGGUGAAUGACUCAGCCUCACAGGAGAACUAAUUCUGCAUUGUAAAUGCCACGAGGCACAAAGUACGUGUGUUGCACACAAAUGUAUGUAGCUAGAAGUUCACAGGAGCUACUGUCCGUGUUUCUGUGAUCACAUAGUACGUUCAAUGUUUCUUCCGUUUUAAUACCAGGACCCAAAGCACGGCAGAGUACACGAAUACAGAGGACCUGGGAGCAAGGUUUUAAUCAAUAGUAUGGGUGACACUUUAGUCUCUAAAUGCUGCUGUAGCUCUACUAAAGGAACAAAGGUUUAGCGGUAUG